GCAGCUUUUUCUUUAAUAUGCCAUUUGAGAGGAAACCAGAUUCGACCCAGCACUGGCUCUCCUCCUUUCUUGACCACCAAAUUUGCUUUGAUUUCGAUUUCGAUUUCGCACCGUCUUCCCAACGCUCAACCUUUUCAAAAUUGUCAAAGAUCCUCGCUUUGCCCCGUCCGCCCCCAUCUUCAUCCUUCCCGAGCGCGACCCAGUUGAGCAAUUGGGAUAGAAGGAAACCUCUUCAAUUAGAACCUCGGUGGCGCAUGAAGCUGAGCUAGUCCGACUUCAAGAAGACAGAUAGGCUAAAUAUCAAUCCUUUCACUACUGCAUUGUUCAAGAAUGGACAAUGACGAUGACUUCACCUUCUGUCAGGUGGCUCCACCUGCUGAACAAGAAGAUCCACAGGGGAAGACGCUUGUUUCGGAUAUUGAUGGUUUAUCUAUUAGCAGUCAGAAUAGAAGUUCUCUCUGGAAGGAUAAAGUAGACGAUAAUUCCAUCCCCACUCAGCAGGGAACAGUUGGCUCUUUGAGUUUCAAUGUUAUCGAUACUUCCUUCACAAAAAAUGCGAGCAAUCCCUCAAAAGGAUCCACUUCAAACAAUGCUGCCACUUUGGUUAAAAAUUCAGGCGAGCAGAAGUCGGCUGGAAGGAAGGCUGCACCUCGCGCCAAGGUUCCCUUUGAGAAGGGUUAUAGCCAAAUGGAUUGGCUGAAGCUCACUCGAACUCUUCCUGACCUUGCAGGAUUGAAGGGACAGUCUAACAGAAGACCCAUAUCAAUGGAGGAAGUUAAACAGCACCAACAGGAUGGUUCUAUGUGGACUGUCUUAAAAGGCCGCGUUUACAAUAUAUCUCCAUAUAUGAAGUUUCAUCCUGGAGGUGUUGAUAUGUUGAUGAAGGCUGUGGGAAAAGACUGUACGUCCUUAUUUAACAAAUACCAUGCCUGGGUGAAUGACGAAUUCCUCCUGGAGAAAUGCCUUGUCGGAGUAUUAGAUGAUAGCCGCAAAUAAACAGCAGUACGUGAAUGACUGAAAUCGUUUUUCUCAUUUUAUUUUUGGAAAAUGGUGACACUGCCGUACGAUUCUGCAAUAAAAUCCGGAGCCAUCGAGUGCCCAGGCAGUUUAUCUCCAUGUGGCAUCAAGAAAGAUGAUGGCUCAAGCAUCCAGUGGCAAUUCGUUGUCAUUUUUGUAGCAUCAUUAGAUUCUGUCGUAUGUCCUGAUGACAUUUAGAAAGUAAUACGGACUGCCUAUAUGGUAGUCAAAAGUUGCAAAAGAUUCUUCGUCCUGCUGUAGUGAAUACUUGAAACGCUCCGAACUUGAUCACUCGUGUACCAAAUAUAAACUAUCAUUUGCCAGUUUUUGUCAAA